GCUUCCCGGUGCGCGCGGGUGUCGCUGCCGCCGGGAGCCCUGCUAUGGCGGCGCCGGGCUGUGAGGAGGCGCGGGCGGCUGGCGUGGGGCUAGGUGCCGGCCCGCCUCACCCCGGCGUUCCGCCUCACCCCGGCGUGGCACGGCGGCGAGGUCGGACGCUGCUGGUGCGGCACCUGCCCGCCGAGCUGACGGCGAUGGAGAAGGAAGAUCUGCUGAAGCACUUCGGGGCGGUGGCUGUGCGCGUCCUGUCGGACCACGGGCGUCUGAAACAUACUGCUUUUGCUACCUUUCCCAGUGAAAAUGCAGCUGUGAAGGCUUUGUCAAGACUACAUCAGCUGAAACUUUUGGGUCACACCUUAGUGGUUGAAUUUGCGAAGGAGCAAGAUAGUGUGCAAGUACUUAGCCAACCUUCUGUCUCAGAGAAAUGUAAAAGUUCAGAAGAACCAGUAAAAGAAGAAGAGAAGAAAGAACCAACCUGUGUUAAAAUAGAAAGUGGAAUUGCACCUAACCAUGGCCUCACCUUUCCCAUCAAUUCUUGCCUCAAAUAUUUGUAUCCACCACCUUCAAGUACAAUUCUAGCAAAUAUAGCAAAUGCCUUGGCAAGUGUGCCCAAAUUUUAUGUCCAGGUACUUCAUCUUAUGAAUAAAAUGAAUCUUCCUCCACCUUUUGGACCAAUUACUGCUCGCCCUCCUAUGUAUGAAGAGUAUUUACCAGUGCCUGUGCCACCUCCCCCAAUCCCACCUUUGCCUCCUGAAGAACCUCCUUUGCCUGAAGAGGAAGAGCCACUAUCUAGUGGAGAUGAAUCAGAAUAUGAAAGUGAUAAUGAGGAGGAAAAGGAGAGAAUGACCAAAUUGAUGGAAUUAGCAAACCUUCAGCCUAAAAGACCAAUAAACAUGAAGAAGCGUGGUGUUAGAAAAAAGCAAAGAAUUAAAGACUUACUGAAUGUUCCCGUGUGUGCUCCCCACAGUAAUUUGCACCCUACGCUGUCACCUUCAGAUGUCUUUGAGCAGCCACAGCAUGUAGGUCAUAAGAAAAUUGAAUUCCAUAUUACUACAGACAUCCCAGCUGUUCUUCAGAACAACUCUGAAAAGGAAAAAAAUGACCUUUAUGCAGCUGCAGAGGAAAUCAAUAACACAGGCUUUGGAAGGAUUUUCCCAGCUCCUAGCUCAAAUGAUAAAAUGGAAACUGAAGAGGAGGAGGAUGAAAUACCAUCAGAAUUUAUUUCUAGAAGGGAUCUAGAAAAAAACAGGCUUUCUAGAGAAGAAAUGGAAAAAUUCUCUGUUUUCAAAAACUAUGAGCCAGGUGAUCCAAACUGCAGGAUAUAUGUGAAGAAUUUAGCUAAACAAGUUCAAGAAAAGGAUCUCAAGUUCAUUUUUGGAAGAUAUGUGGACUUCCAAUCAGAAGUGGAACGAAACAUGUUUGAUAUACGUUUGAUGAAAGAAGGCCGUAUGAAGGGACAAGCUUUCAUUGGACUUCCUAAUGAAAAAGCAGCUGCUAAAGCUUUAAAAGAAGCAAAUGGAUAUGUCUUAUUUGAAAAACCCAUGGUGGUUCAAUUUGCUCGUUCAGCUAGACCAAAGCAGGAUGCCAAUGAAGGGAAAAGGAAAAAGUAGAACACUGCACAAGAAACAUUCCUGCGUAAAUACUGCAGUAAUACUGUCAUGCAGAGUGUAUCCUUUCUUGUUGUAUCCUUUUGUUGUGCAAUGUUUCCUGCAGCACUUGACUACAUCUAAGUUUUCAUAUAGAGUAGAUAUGGGGAGGAGUUGGUGGUUUAGAGCUUGAACUAACCUGGUAAUUUUAAAAACGAAGGGCACUUUUUCAGGGGGAAAAGGAAAUAAAUCAAUGAGUUUUCUGUGUUGUGUGAAUAGACAUAACAAAGGUUGCUAGUCUUCAGAGAUAGACCUCUUCCUCUGGCUUCUUCCUUAGCUUGUAUGAGUGAGAAGUGUUUCACUGAUGUGUGGGAGCUGUGUUGAGCUCACAUUGAGGAUGUCGUCUUGUUAAUUAUUUAUUGGUUAAAAUAUGUUGUGGAACAUUUCUUUAUAGUAUUAUAAGUUGACCAUUAUUUUAGAUUACUUGAUGAUUACUGUUGUCCUGAUAUAUGGGAAACAAUCUCUAGCUGACUUUGCUUGUACAUUCCUUACAUUUUCUUUUUUUGAGUGGAAGAAAUAGAAAACCCAUAGUUCAAUUCCUAAUACUUCAUUAUGACAUAUUAAGCACCUGUUAAUCACUGUUAAUCUUUGUUGGUUUAUUUUGUUUUGGAUUGCUUUCUGCACUGAGGUAGUAUUACUCCCAGUGACUUACCUUUCUCUUAUGGGUUUCAUGUUACAUUGUUGUUUCACUUGCAGUAAGUGAUGUAGUCUAUAUUUA